AUGGCCCAAGCCAAUAUUACGCUCGCAGCCCUGACCGGCGAUGCCUCAUUCGGGCAACGGACCAUUACCCUCAACCCAGAUCGCCUCACUAUCCCCGUCGGUAGAGCUUCGAAGAGCGUUAGCAAAGGGAUUCUGGGUGCUGAAUACAAUGCGUGGUUCGAUAGCCCUGUGAUGUCCCGGGAGCACGCAGAGCUGUGCCUGAACACUAUAACUGUCACCGUUCGCGACCUGGGCUCCAUGCAUGGCACAUUUCUGAACGAUACAAAGGUUCCAACCGAGCAACCCGCCGAGGUGGAAGACGGAGAUGUCAUAGCAUUUGGCGCCGAGGUUAGACGUGGCCCGGAAAUAUUCCCGGCCUGUUCCUUUCAGGUCAACAUUGACUGGUCCCCAUAUCGAACCGGUAGUACCUUCUCCUUUCCUAAUUCCUCGGAUAUCGAGGAAGAGGAGGGAUACGGUUCUAGUAACCCUGAUAUGGAAGAGCGCGGUCAGCUAUCCAGUGAUGGUGAUGCCUCUAUUGAAACUCCCCAGCCCAUUAAAGGUUACCAUGCCAUCGCAGCAAUUGAUCUUACCCGGGAUGAUUCUCCUAUUCCAUCGAGCUCGACAAGGAUUGACCUCACCGAAGAUGAUCCCGUGGGGCAUCCUACUGAGGGUCGGGUCAUGGAGACAAUUCCCGACCAACCUGCUGCCUUGGAUCGUAACGCUCACUCAGCAAGUGAUAAUAAUCAUUAUCAAAAACUCCCUGCUCUCAUCAACAUUGUAGGUGACCACGACCUUCUUUCUUCCGACUCCGACGAUGAGCCUUUUGAGUUGUCAGGCUCGGACUCCGAAGAUACCGAUGGUUCCGAUGACCCGGUAGAUUAUGGAGAUGAGGAGUCGAAUGAAGAGUCAGAUUUAGAGGACGGUGACGAGAUCGAUUUCGAUACGGAGGAAGAACCUUUUGAGUCGAUGAUGCGUCAUUCUUUUACUUUCGGUAGCAGCCAAAACAACACUUUGCCAGAGGACGGAAACAGCAUGGAUGACGACAAUGAUAGCGACUUCGGCCUCUCAGAGGCAGGCGCAGAAGGACUUAAGGCAUUAUUCGAAGAUGGUCUACAACAGAGCAUGACUGAAUGCCAAGAGUCUGCUCCCACUACCAACGCUCCGGCUGAAGUUGACCGACAGAUUGGAAACAACCUACAUUUUAUGCAGGUACCGAACGAUAUCUCAUCCCAAUCCGAGCCACUGGAAUUAAUCCCGGAAGUACAUCCGAUGGUCUCUCUAUGCAGUCCUAUUAACGAGCUUGUCCAAGGGCCAUUGAAGACUAAAGCAACCACAAUGGAGAGUGCACAGUUCCUGGGAGCUAGACAACCGAGUCCUUCUGACGCCGCGAUGGCCAAAGCUACAUCUCAACCUCGACCAGAGCAAAUUACAAAUGAUAUUCCAGUGUAUCAUUUGCAAAGUCAAGAAUUUAGCCAACUCUCUCAGACGCUUGGGGAGAAAACCGGCAAACAGGCUUUCUUUGAAGCAAGAGAGAAGAAUAAGGCCAAAUUCUCUACUCCAUCUGACACGAUAGACGAGAGAUCCACCGAACCCUCCGCCUCAAGCAAGUCCGCACUACCCCCAAACAAUUUACUGUCGAAGGAGGAGCCACAAUCCGCUAGAGCAGCAGCACCCACAAACUCAUGGGUAGACUUUGGUGUAGUAAAGCGCCCGUUGAAUGAGUUGAGUUUGCCUCAUACCCCGGGCAGGUCAAUUACGUUUGACAGAGCCCCCGAACUUAUCAACAUAUCUAGUUUGUUAACUGGAACCCGUACUGGUAAGUCAAUCCACUAUAAACAAAAGCAAGCCGGCCUAACCCCUCCAGUACCAGGUAUGCAGUCAAAUUCCUCUCCCGAGCUCCACAAUCGGCCUCCAAUUAUCGACCCUACGGCUACCCUGAGCCCAGAGUACGACAUGACUAGCGCUGUUACGUACAAUCAAAGUAAAGCCAAGUCUACUCGCUCCAGACUUAGUAUACAUGAUAUUAUCGAGAGCUCCUCGCGGGAUCAAUCUGCUCAAGUAUCCGGUUCAAAAGCCGGCGAUAAGCGCAAAGCAAGUGACAUCUCGGACGUACUAACAGACGAAGUGCGAGCAUGGGCUUCUUCUAGGGAUGUAUCUAAAUCCUUGGACACAACUAUACCCAACUGCCCUCCUAAGAUAUCUUGUCAAUCGGCGGAGCCGGCUGCCACUCCUGCUCUUAAUGAACGACCAGCAAAGAGAUUAAGGACGAUCCUGGAGCGUGCGGCUUUUGCUGCUGUUGGGGGCGUUGCCGUCGGCGCAGGUCUCUUCUUGAGCUUGGUUGCCACCGCCCCAGACUUCUCUUAG